GUUAAUUUUAUAUUUGUGUAUACAUGACACCUAUACUACAUAGUACAUGAAGCGAUUGCACUUCGUCUGACCGGAACUAGAAAAGUCGUUUACGUGCCCUCUACUCCAGUACAGUUGAAGUCCAAGUUGUAUGCAUAGGUAGAUCAGCAUCACGUUUGCCUACCAACGACUUGACGGCGGGGAGGAGCGCAACAGAGCUUUCAGCUCUAGGGCCAUGGCACCUCGCGUGCCACCUCCGGCUGAGCUAUUAAAGUUCGAGGGCAAGAAGGAUUACCCUAUCGAGCAAAAAGUCGAUGACUGGGGCCUGACACCCGAACAGCAAGAAGCGUACGUUGAACUAUUUCGUCGAAGGCUCGUAGCAGAGGGCAUAUGGAAGGCAGACGACCACGACUACUACACCCUGCGACGCUUCUUGCGUGCACGGACCUAUGACUUGGAGAGAGCGCUGAAGAUGUUCCAGGACCAUGUCAACUGGCGCCAGGAGCACGACAUAGACAACAUCCUAAAGGAUUUUCACUUCGAAGAGCGGGGCAAGUUCUUGGCAGCGUACCCCCAGGGCUACCAUAAGCUCGACAAGCAGGGCCGACCCAUCUACAUCCAGCUAAUCGGCAAGAUCGACGUGCACGGCAUCCUGGCGUGCACGGACGAGGACCGCAUGUUUAAGUUCCACGUACAGGAGUACGAGCGCUGCGUCAAGGUCAUCAUGCCCGUGUGCAGCCGCCUGGCGAACCGCAAAAUAGACCAGACCUUCGGCAUCAUGGACGUGCGAGGUGUCGGCAUCAGCGCGCUGACGGGCGACGUGAAACGCAUGCUGACCAAGUUCACGAAGACCGACCAGGACAAUUACCCGGAAAUGCUGGGGCACAUCUGCAUCAUUAACGCGCCUGCCAUCUUCCGCAUGGUCUGGUCCAUCGUGAAAGGCAUGAUUGACGUGCGCACGCAGCAGAAGAUCGAGAUCCUGGGCUCCAACUACAUGGACGCGCUGCAGAAGCACGUGGACAUCGAGUGCAUCCCGGAGUGGCUGGGCGGCAAGUCGCACGGCACGUUGCUGGACGACGUGGGCCCCUGGUCCAACCCCGAGCUCAUGGCGGAGAUGGGGAUCGAUCUGGAGGCGCUGCGCCUGGGGCUGCCCUCGCCGCCGCCGCCGCCGUCAGCACCAUGCGAGCAGCAGCCGCAGUCCCAGUCGCAGCAGCAGCUGGUGGCGGCGUCUUCCUCGUUCGGGCGGCCCUCUACGGACCACGACAGCGGCGGCUUCCUGACGCCGCAGGGCAGCAUCUCCUCGAGCCGGUCAUUGGGCAGCAACGCCCGCCUCGCAACGGCGGAGGUGACGACCAGCGCCGCACCCCCCAGCCCCAUCCCUCCCUCCCCGCCCGUUGUCGUCCCUGCGCUCGGCACCAUCACGGAGGCCCGCACGCGCGCGCUGCUGGAGCGGAUCAGGGUCAUCGAGGGGCUGCUGCCGCCGCAUGCAGAGCGGCUACGGAUACAGACCCCUGCACGCGACGGAGUCAGCACUCGCUCCGCGCCUGAGGGCAGCCUGCUGAACCGCGUGGAGGUGAUGGAGGAGGCGCUCGAGACGGUGCUCAUCUCGCAGGAGGUGCUCAUCCGGCAGACCAAGGAGCAGCAUGCGGCGCAUGCGGCGGCGCUCAAGGCCAUGCAGACGCGCGCGGAGGAGCUGGAGCAGCGGGCGAGCCAGAAGGGCUGCUGCACCAUCAUGUGAGGUGCGCGGCGGCGCUGCAGUGGUGGCAAGGCGCUCGGUUGGUGGCAAGACGGGUGGAACAGCUAUGUGCGGGGGACGCGGGUUACUGACCGGCCUUCCGUGGCCGUAUAGAGUUAGAAUGGAGGGCUUUACUGUGCGCCUGCGGGAAGUAGGACUAAUUAGACGGUGACCUUCGCGAGCCUUUUGGACGACGUGUGUGGUGUGUGGUGUGUCGGGGUUGCGUAAGAUGUAGUACUUGUGGGAUAGGACUCAGGACGUGGCUUCACUGAAGAAGCUGUUCCGGAUACCGGUAGUUAUCGGACCGCCAAGAUCCCCCUUGGGUGGUGGGGCUGGUACUUGCUGGGCUUUAGGGACCUCCAUGUUACCGUGGUGAUGCUCACGUGACCUAUGUGGGCGGCGUGGGGAGGGGCGCAUGUAUGAUACAGCGCCGUGCGAACACCGGCAUUCUUUCUUUUCCUUGUCGCAUAGAGGACAGCAGGAGAUGCAUUGGCAAUCCGGCGGCCAGUGUUUGUGCCGAAGAGGGCAUGCAUUGCAGUGCAGGCUCAGCGCUGAGAGGUAGGGUGUAUGUGGUAGAAACGGUGCUGCUUCCAAGUGUUAGCAUGUUAGUAAGCCCGGUGCUCUGGAGGCUCCAACGGGAGAGCUGCAGGCACAUGACGGGCUUGUACGUAUAGUGUUCAAUAGCUGCACACGCUCAUUGCGGCGCAUGUACAUACGCGGUGCGCUGCUUUCCGAUCUUAGCAACCCCCGGACUGACCGUCUUGUGUUUAUCGAACUGUUAUGGCCUCAGGGAUGUAGCACGUGUUGUGCGCUCCUGAUGCCGUGAUGGGGCUGGGACGGCGC